AUGGCUUCCGUAGCGUCUCUAUUUCGGACAUCGUCCAGGACUCUUUGCAGAUUGAGGAGACCGCUCAUCUACACCCCCGCGUCUAGGUCGUUGGCAACCAAACAUCCCAAGGGAUUUGUACCGCCCACCGAGGAUGAGCUCCUGGAGCUGAGAGAGCGAGUACAAGAGUUCACAAGGCGCGAAAUACCCGAGGAGGUCGCCGCUCGGACAGAUGCACAGAAUGAGUUCCCGACAGAGAUGUGGAAGAAACUUGGAGAAGCCGGGUUUCUUGGUGUCACUGCCAACGAGGAGUAUGGUGGACUUGGAAUGGGUUAUCAAGCGCACUGUAUAGUGAUGGAAGAACUCAGCAGAGCCUCGGGGAGUAUCGCUUUGUCCUACGCAGCACAUUCGCAGCUCUGCGUAAACCAACUGUCCUUGAACGGUACUGAAGACCAGAAGGCUCGGUUCCUCCCUGGCCUUUUGUCCGGUGAGAAAAUCGGAGCAUUGGCCAUGUCAGAGCACUCCGCAGGCUCUGAUGUUGUCAGUAUGAAGACAACUGCUAAAGCUGUCGACGGUGGUUGGGUGCUGAACGGGACCAAGAUGUGGAUCACGAACGGCCCCGACGCAGACUUCAUUGUCGUCUAUGCCAAAACAGAGCCGGAAAAGGGCUCCAAGGGCAUCUCCGCAUUCGUCGUGGAAAAGACAUUCAAAGGCUUCUCCUGUGCGCGCAAGCUUGACAAGCUUGGCAUGCGUGGAUCAAACACUGGAGAACUCGUUUUCGAAGAUGUCUUCGUCCCCAAGGAGAAUCUCCUCGGGGAGUUGAACAAGGGCGUCAGGGUUCUCAUGGAAGGACUUGACCUCGAACGGCUUGUCCUCAGCGCUGGUCCACUGGGAAUCAUGCAAGCAGCCCUCGACCUCGUGCUCCCAUAUACCCAUACCCGCAAGCAAUUCGGAAUCCCCAUUGCCCACAACCAACUUAUUCAAGGAAAGCUGGCAGACAUGUAUACCAAGCUUGCAGCAUCGCGCUCUUACACCUAUGCUACGGCACGACACGUCGAUAACUCCGCAUCUACUGGCGAGGUUUCGAUCCGCACGCAGGACUGCGCGGGUGCCAUCUUGUACGCUGCCGAGAGAGCCACCGAGUGCGCCCUGGAUGCUAUUCAACUUAUGGGCGGUAAUGGAUACAUCAACGAGAUCCCUGCUGGGCGGCUGCUCCGGGAUGCGAAGCUCUAUGAGAUUGGGGCCGGUACUAGUGAGAUCAGACGGAUGGUGAUCGGGCGCGCCUUUAACAAGGAAUAUGCAUAG